ACGGCAGCAGCCUUGGUCCUCGCGGUCGUGGCGUCCGCAAUGCCUGCAAUGUCGAACAAUCACCAGUCGACCCCACGCAUGUCAAGCAGCGACACGUCCAACAGCAACUGCUCCAGCUCCCGACAAUGCAUGACCAACAUGGUCACCAAGAUCUUGGAUUCAAUGGUAGCGCACAACCCAGACACCCUGCCUCUAGCAAUGAUUUAUAGGGCCACUGAAAACUCUCACCCGGCAGCCCUCGGCAUGAUGACUUCCUGGCGUACCAUCACCAAGGCCGGCCCGCCCAGCCUGCUUGCAAUCGACACUACCAACGGCACAGCGUACUUCGCUCUAGAUAUCAGCGAAGGCAACGACGCUAUUCAAAACGUCCUUCGAGGCCGAGUCAAAGUGGUUGGCCAGAAUAUCACUGAGCUCGAGCUUUUCAUCAACCGCUUCCGUGGCGACCACGGCUUCUCCUUCUCGUCCCAGGAACUUCCAUCCAACUACAAAGACUUGAUGAACCCCCCAGCGAACCGAACAAAGCCCAGCCGGGCAGACUUAGAGGCCAUCAGCGCUGCCCUCUUCGCCAACUCUAGCAACCCGGCUAGCAACACCUCAGUCACUGUCGCCGACGACUGCCAGUUCACCGAAUUAGGCUGGCGGGUCAUCGAUACUGGGAACUAUGGAAACGCUUCCUCGAGCCCUCUCGACUGUACUUGGCCCACCGAUCACCCUACUGACCCCAACGCCCGGAUUAACCUUGUCAUCGACGAGGAGAUGGGCUUUGUUAUCACCAGCGGUGUUGUUCCCGGUAAAGUCUUCCCCUACGCAAAUAUCACCGAGUCCGCUUUCAUUCCGGACACCUUGACUGCGGCCCAGGAAGCUCAGCAGGCUUGGAUGGACCAGAUGAUCGAGUUGGGCACGAUUCCCAUGCUGGAGCCCACUGGUGCUACUGGUGACACUCUAGAAUUGCUCCAGCUCUAUAAUGAUGAGCUUCAGGCUAUGCAGAUUAAUGUCUACUUGAGCGGUCCGGGUAUGACGUCUCCUUGGUUGUCGUAGAUAGAAAGUUUGUGGGGCGCCGCGGCUUGAAUAGACAUCAGUUAUGGUGCCACUCGUCUCUCAUAGAUGUCCGGUACUCCUAGUGGUUGCAGCAUAAUGAGUCAGCGCCAUGAAUGAUCAAGAGACUUUUUUUUGUUUUUUCACCAUAAAGUUAAUGUAAAGGAUGAAAUCUUGGGAACACCUAUUUGAGUUAAUGGAAUCGUCCAGAGACUUUAUGACUUGCAAGUCCUAUGUAUAAUGUUAGG